GUUGGCGUUCCGUUUGAUGUUGAUGACAUUUGUCAAAUAUAAAUGUCAAAAAAAAUGGGAAAAGAUGUUUUUCCACUGAAAUCAUCAAGUUUGACAAAUCCUUAAAGAAAAUCAGUCAAAAUAACGAACGAGCGGAACUCGGACUACCUGUAGGUGUAUGUGGUGUCACACAUUCAUUGACCAAAAAGAAGAUUUACCGUUUUAUUUUGACGUUGACAAUGCAACUGUAAAGUGUAUGAUGGUGACAGUAAAAUGUUAGAAGUCCUGCAAAUGUUUUUAUUUUUAUUUAAAUCCAAGUAUAGACGAAAAUGCUUCAAGUGGGAUCUAGUCUGUUUUGUGAUUGUGGUGUUAGGUGCCUGCACAACACUUGUGAGGGCUAAAUGCCAUGAUAACUCCAACUGUAGUGGCAAUGGGGUGUGCAAAAAUGACACUUGCGUGUGCUACGAUGGUUGGCAGGGGCCCCAGUGCCAACAUUGUGGAGGGAAAAUCAGACUGGGUAAUUCGACCGGCGUCAUCCACGACGGAAACGGCAACUACACAAUGGGUUUGAAGUGCAGCUGGCUGGUGGAUGCGCCAAACUCGACCAUCACGCUGCACAUCGAAGAAUUCGCCACCGAAUGCGGUUGGGAUCACCUAUACAUUUUCGAUGGCGACAGCGUCGAGUCGCCUCUGCUCGCCGUGUUCAGCGGCCUUAUGUACAAGGACACUUACAGCAUCCAACGAAUACCCGAAGUGGUGGCGCACUCUGGUUCCGCCUUGGUCCACUUCUUCAGCGACGACGCAUACAACAUGUCCGGCUUCAACAUCACGUAUCGGCUAAACGCUUGUCCGUCGACCGUCUCUGGGAAAAACUGCUCGGGGCGCGGCAUCUGCAUAGACGGCGUCUGUACUUGCGAUGGCCCGUGGGACGGCGCCGCCUGCCACAUUGAAAAGUGCCCAGGCAAUUGCGGGGCGGCGCAGCAGCGCGGCAUCUGCGAGCCGGUGCGCGGCUGCAUGUGCCUGGGCGAGAACAAGGGCGCCGAUUGCGGCCAGACGCGCAGCGAGGGCUAUUGGGAGACGGUGAACGCGCGCAGUUUUGUCCCAGGGGGUGCGGCGUCGCACGGUGCCGCUGUUUGGAAGGAUUCUAUGUACGUAGUUGCCGGCGAAAGCUACAAUAGGGAUUUCGUCCUCCAUGUCUAUGAUUUUAACGGUAACGUAUGGGAAACCCCGAACAUAGACAGCCCCUCGUCCCGCUACGGUCAUUCCACAGUGAUCUACGGCGACAAGAUAUUUCUCUACGGCGGCGUUUUAGGCAACCGCGGCCCCACCUCAGAGUUGUGGGCCUUUGACAUCAGCGCCAAAGUGUGGGAAAACAUCACCGUGAAAGCGGAACUGUGCAACGGAAGCUACAUGCUGUGCGGGCCGCUGAAAUCGGCAGGGCACACGGCCACCAUCAUCAACACGCCCAACAAAAAAGACGACCGGAUGAUCGUUAUAUUCGGGCAUUCGCCUCAACUGGGCUAUCUGAACACGGUGCAGGAGUAUAAUUUCGGUACUAGAGAGUGGCACGUUAUAAACAACACGACCGGUUAUCCAGUCAAGGGUGGCUACGGGCAUACGGCGAGUUGGGACCCGUUGACGUCAAAGAUUUACGUUUACGGCGGUAUUAUAUCCGAGAGCGAUUCAGUUAGUGUUUUAACGCGUACUUUGUACUCCUACGAACCCAAUAAAAGAAUAUGGACUCUACUUGCUGACGCUCCUUCCUCGAGGUUUCUACACACAGCUACGUUUGUAUCGCCUGGCCUUAUGUUGGUUUUUGGCGGUAACACUCAUAACGAUACUCAUCAGAGCUUCGGUUCCAAAUGUUACAGCUCUGAGUUGCUGGCGUACGAUGUCGUAUGUAACAGCUGGCAAGUUUUGCAAGUGCCAAAAGAUAUACACGCUGAUUUAGCACGUUUCGGGCAUUCCGCAGUGGUCUUUGAAGGUUCCUUAUACAUUUAUGGAGGUUUCAACGGACAAAUGUUGUCCGAUAUGCUAAAAUAUACGCCUGGUGACUGCGCCAGCGACCGCUUCAAAACGCUAAACUCUUGCCUCAACACACGACCUGGUGUUAAGUGUGUUUGGAAUGUGAAAAACGCUAGCUGCUGGCCAAUACAGAAACUCCCGAAAGAGUACACUUUCUCCGAUUCAAACUUUCAACUUUGCCCAGUCUUGAAUCGGUCAUCGAUCACCUACAACAUUAUUCAGAACGUGGAUAAGUGCAGCAAGAUGGAGGACUGCGUGAGCUGUGUGCAAACGACCAAUUCUUGCGUGUGGUGCGGGACGCAGUGCGUGUACCACAACAAGUGCAAGAAUAGUUCCGAGCCGGUGGUGUCCGUGAUGGACAAUUGUUCGGUGGAUCAUGCGCCGAUUUGCAAGAGGCUGCACGCCUGUUCAGCAUGCACGUCUAAACCGUUUUGCAGGUUCCGUUUCGAGCACUCGAAAUGCGUGCCGGUCUCCUCGAACCUGACCCUGGACGCCGCCUCGGAAUCGCCUCAGUGCCCGAAGGUGUGCGCGGACUUCAACUCGUGCACCAACUGCACCCUGGAGGAAUGCAUCUGGUGCCAGAACGAGGGCCGUUGCGUCGACAAGAACGCCUACACGUCUAGCUUUCCGUACGGUCAGUGCCGCGAGUGGACAACCGAGGGCGAGAAGUGCCGAACGGCGAACGGCAGCCACGAGCACUCGCAGUGCGGAUCGUAUCCCACGUGCUCCAAGUGCAGGGACGAUCCGGCGUGCGGAUGGUGCGACGACGGCUCCAAGACCGGCCUCGGUACGUGCAUGCCCGGAGGAUACACAGGGCCUACACUGCACACACAAUCUCUCCCGUCGAGUAUCUGUCCGCAGGACCGCUGGCAUUUCACGAACUGCCCGCAAUGUCAGUGCAACGGUCACUCCGGCUGCACGGAGAACACGAGCAUGUGCCGAAACUGCACCGACCUCACGUCCGGCCCAAAUUGCGAGCGCUGCAUCAAGGGCUACUGGGGCAACCCUGUGAACGGCGGCAGCUGUCAGCCGUGCGACUGCAACAGCCAGGCGACGCAGUGCGACCCGGAGAGCGGCAAGUGUUAUUGCACCACCAAGGGCUUGGUGGGCGAUCAUUGCGAGAAAUGCGACAGCGCGAACCAUUACAACUCCGAUCCCAUCAACAAAUCUUGCUACUACGACUUGACAAUUGACUAUCAAUUCACAUUCAACCUGAGCAAAAAAGAGGACCGCCACUACACGCAAAUAAACUUCCGGAACUCGCCGAACAAAGCCGACAUCGACGCAGACUUUUCGAUCCAGUGCUCGGUGCUCGCGAAGAUGAAUAUAACAAUAAGAAGAGGUAACUCAAAGGAGGAGAAGCCGAUCUACAUCGAGCACAAUUGCACGACGCUGUUCAAGACGCGCUUCUUCAAAUCGGACUACAAUUUCGGCGUUGAGGACAACGUCACGUUGACCACGUUCUACGUUUACGUGUACGACUUUCAACCGCCCCUGUGGAUUCAGAUUUCGUUUUCGCAGUACCCGAAGCUCAAUUUGCAGCAGUUUUUCAUCACGUUUUCCUCUUGUUUCUUGCUGCUGCUGCUCUCGGCCGCCCUCUCGUGGAAAAUCAAGCAACGCUUUGACAUGUACCGACGUCGGCAGCGCCUUUUCGUCGAAAUGGAACAGAUGGCGUCCCGUCCAUUCUCGCAGGUGCUCGUCGAGCUCGAGGUCAAGGAGUUUCGAGAAGACUCGGAGGCCACGCCGAUCGCGGUGGCCGCCGAGGCCAAGCGAAAGAAGCGGGACGCUCCCAGCCCCAUCGCCCUCGAACCAUGCUACGGUAACAGAGCGGCAGUACUUAGUCUGUUGGUGCGGUUGCCUACGGGCGGGGAGGCUUACACGGCGCGCGGCCAGUCGGCGGGGCUGGCGAUCGCGAGCGCCCUCGUCACGCUCGGCAAUCCUCGGAAGCUCAGCAUUGACCAAGUGAAAACCGAAACGAAAACGGGAAAGUCGCGAAAAUCGCAAAGCCAACAUCCCGACAGUUGCCUGUAAAGUAUAUAGGAAGAAGAAGAUUUAGCGGAGAAGUUACUGUUUGAUACCAACAGUGAGGUAUGAAGAUAACCAAAGAGUAGUGUGUUAAAACACUAGGAAGGCAUCUUAACUAAUACAUAGUGUUGUUAGCUACAUUUAACAAGUAUUUUUUAACGCUUAACACAGAAAUUAUAACUAGAAAAUCUAUAUUAGGUCCGUCCGUCUACAUUUGAUAAACUAAGCAUGUUUUAUUGUUUUUACACACUAUUUUGUUGGCGAAUAAUGAGUAAAUCAAAUAAAAGUAUGGUACAAUACUUAAAUCAAACAAGGCCUGUGGUUGGACAAAAUGCUAUAUUAUAUUUUUUCUCUUAACAUUUAGAUAUAGACGUGCACUUGGUAUAUGAUAUUUAUAAUUUUUUAUUUGUAUAUAUUAAGUAUUUAGGGAGGUUCGGGCACGAUAUUAAUCACGAUAAGAUGUUGAUAAAAUUUUAGGUUGAGUUCAACAUUUUAUUAUUGUAACUAUUAUUGUGGCCUUCCUCCUUAAAGUGAAUGUUGUACAUUUUCUUUGAAUUAUUUAAAUAAAAUAUUUAGCAUAUUUUUCAGUACAACCUGAUGUUGGUAUCAGGCAAAAUACCCAUAGAUUUUUGUGUAAGUCUCAUCCAAGCGCCACAUGGAAUAAAUGAUAUAUAUAUGUAUAUAUAUAUCAUACUAUAUCAUCUAUUUGUUGGGGUGCUUGGGCCCCGGUAGUACUCUAAAAAUUGUGAUACAGAUAAUAAGACAGCCAAGAGUAAGAGAUUGUCCACAUUAGAUAUUCCAAUUUCUUUACAUUAAACAAUGUAAUUCUUAUGGCAAAUAUUUUUUUUCUAGAAUCAACUUGGUGUCUUCUAAUUUUUUAUUAUUAAAAUUUUAAAAAUUACAAGGUAUGCACCAGUACAGCUGGCAUAAAAUUAAUGGCAAGAAUACUCAUUUCAUUAUUAAAAUAACAAUUAACCAUUUGAUAUUUCCAUUUUAAUCCAUUGUUUUUAAAUGCCACAGUAAAUAUAAAAGAACAUUUGGUAUAUUCAAGUUUUAAUUUAAACAAUUUAAGCAAUAUAAACCACUAUUUUAGCAAUAUGAAAUCUUAACAUUUCUUUUUGUGCUUCAUUAAAAGAAUUAUUUUCAUAUUUUUAAUUAAUUAAGGUAUGCAUGUGUACUAUGUAUAAUUUGUGAGACUGAAUAUUAUUUAUUCUUUUAUAUCAUGUUGUAUUUUUUGUAGUUUUUAUAGGAAGGCCUGGAACAGUCUAAAAUUGGUUUAUUUGAUAUUACCAGUUUUGCAAUUUUGGAAAUAAUAUCUUUAAAAUAAUUUACCCAGAAUUUGUUAGUUUUAAAUUAUUUAUUGCAAUAUGCAUGGCCAACAAAUUUUAACUGUGCAUUAAUCAUAUAAUUUUGCUUCACAAAAAAUGUUUUGUGUGAAUUCUUGGUAGUAAGUAAAAACCUAUUUUUAAUAUUUGUACUAAACGGAUCACUAGUCUAAUUUGUUUGCGAUCCUGAUCUCAUAAGGUUUUUUUAAUAAUAUGAUUUUAAAUUUACAAGGUGCGUCCAUAGAGUUAAAAAUUAAGUCACUGUUUAGGACUGCCAGUAAAUAACGAAUAAUAGCUUUAUAUAUUGGCACCUUGUUUAUAAUUUUUGCAUGUAAAAGACAUUUUUUUAAUUUUCUAUUUUAAAAAGAAACUAAAGGCCUUCUUAUAGCAGUCUUUUACUAAAGGGUUUGUCAUUAACUAAUUUUAUCCAUUUCCUUUACUGCCAUGUACCUUUAGGUAUACCUAUGUUCAUUAUUUCUAAUUGUAAAUAUAUCAUUAGUUUUA